AUGGUUGCCAUCACUCAAUUCAUCGUUGCUGGUGUCGUGGCCGUGGCCGUCCAGGCCCUCCCUUCCAUGCCCACAUACUCAACAGCCGUCUCUGCAACUGCACGCUUCAAGAAGCUGCUCACUGAGGGCGGCGCAGGCCAGACUCUGCUCACUGGCGACGCACUGAAGAAGGAAAUCGUCUUCCCGUUCAAGCCCAAGGCCAACUCCACAACUGCCAAAGGCGGUGUUGCCGUUGCUGCUAACAUCGACUCCUUCCCCAUCCUCAAUGGGCUCGGAAUCUCCAACACUCUCGGCUUCAUGGAGCCCUGCGGCAUCAACACCCCGCACGUGCAUCCUCGCGCAACCGAAUUCCUCACGCUCGUCACAGACACCAAGCUCCGAUUCGGCUACGUCCUAGAAAACGGCCUCGUCGCCGCCGGUCAGAACCCCGAAAUUGCCGGUACACUUCAACAAUUCGAGGGCACCGUAUUCCCCCAAGGCUCAAUCCACUUCCAAUUCAACGACGGCUGCGAAUCGGCCGUCUUUGUAGCUGGCCUAAACUCCGAGGACCCUGGCACCAACCAGAUUGCGCAGGGCUUCUUUGCGCUUAACAAGGAUGUAGUCAAUGCUACGCUUGGAUUCCCCAAGGAGAUCAAUGGCAAGAAUAUUGAGGAGUUUCGCAAGAUGAUUCCAGCCAACUUGGCGCAAGAUAUUGAUGGUUGCUUGGCCAAGUGCAACAAGAAGCCAGCUGGGAAGUAG